UGUAGCCUCUAUUAUAUUCUGAACACAGGGAGAUGGAAAGUAAGGAGAGAUGAAAAUCAUUCUCCAAUCUUCACCAAAUCCUCAGUUUCCAUCUCCUCUCCACCAUUUUUCCUGUAAUUUUAAGGUCUCCGCAUAAUAUUUCUUCGAUCGGUAGUCGGUACUCUCCUUAUGUUUGCGUACGUAACCAAGGACUAAAACCUAAGAAAUCGUUUAAUGGAAAAUGGAAUGCAACAUCAACAACAGCGGCUCGAGAGAUAAAGAGGUUACUAUCGAUAUCGAAAAUGGCGAGGGACAACAUGAGUCGAGGCAAGGGCUUGUGCCAAAUUUCGAGAAAGAUAAUAAAAUGGCCGGAGCUCCCAAGCCGCCUCGGCCACCAAGGGGCCCGUCUUUAGAUUCUUCUGACAUGCGGCUGUUAAAGGAAAUAUCCAAGAUUGCCGUGAAGAAAAGGGAGAGAGUCGAACGAAUAAAAGCUUUGAAGAAGAUGAAAGCCCUAUCCUUGUCAUCAUCAUCUUCAUCUUCAUCGUCCUUGUCAUCAUCCAUCUCGGCUAUGGUCAUCACAGUUCUGUUUUUUCUAGUGCUAAUUAUCCAAGGUGUUGGUUGCAGCACUAGUUCGAAUGUGAGGCUUCAUGUGGCUCCUCAGCCAGCGCAAGAGUCGAGAGGGUUGACAGCUGUCCAGUUCUACAGGGCAGUGCAGUAGCUACUUAUACCGACUUGAGUUCGAUGGAAUAUAUUGGCUGACGGCUAACAUAUUACAAAAGAAAGGGAGAAAAAGAUCGAAGCUUGAACCGGUUGUAUUCUUUUAUUUCUUUAUUUAUUUUUCAUGUAUGUGUCUAAGAGGUUGAGCUCUGAGGGCAAAUGGUUUGCUCUGUGCACAUUUCAGGCUGCAAAUUUGUGCUGCAAUUGUGCAGUGUUUCAAUUUGUAAGUUUAAUAUUUGAAGAAUCAAUGGCAAAUGCUAAUUUGAUACUAAUAAUUGCAAUUUUUAUCUACUGUGACUUGGGAGUUUUAGCUUUGCUGUCA